AUGGUGCGAGGCUCCACCGACGUCAAGGACAACGAGCUCGUUGCCAAGAGUGUGAAGCAUUGGAUGAAUACGCGGGCCAGGAGGAAUCAGCCUGAGGGGAUCAAGAGGUCCGCUGCUGGCUCAAUUAAGAAAAAUGAGCCGCUCGGAGGAGAGGUUUCUUCCGAUAUUUCCGCUGCUGAAGGCAUAAGUGCGCAGGAUAUCGCCGAGGAGCCCGGCAGGGACAAUCCUCGACCGAGGAGGUCAGCCUACAUGCAGGCAAUGGCCCGGUUCAAAGAGAUGGUCGGAGAUGAAGAUGAUCCUGAUAGUUGA